GCACAUUAUAUACUUUCAAUAUGGAUGAAAUUUUCGAUAAUCUCACCUUUCAGGAAAUUGAAGCCAUCAUAGACAACCUCUCGCAUGGAAAUCUCUCUUCCUUUGUCAAUAAUGACCAGCUAAACGAAGCUCUAGAUAAAGACGCCUAUAUUAUCAGUAAUGUGUCUACACAGACAGGAAUCACAAAGGCCUGCGAGCACGGAGUGAAGCUCUCGUCCAUCAUCAAACACAAGGCAUCAAAACUCAACGAAAGUACAAUUCUUGAGCUUCUUGACCAGAUUAUCGCAGUGCUAGUCACAAAAUUUGGCAAAUCGGUGAAGCAAAAUGCCCUUUCAUCAUCGCAGGAUCAAAACACACUCGAAUUACGAUCCAGUCAACUCAACGACAUCACAAAUUGCGUAGACUUUGUGGGCAUCUCAAAGUAUUUCCCCUCCAAGGUCUUGUCAUUCUCGUCUCUCUCCUGGGAUACGCUGCCCCUAAACGGGCUCAUCUCAAAUGAGACUCUAUCGCAGACAAAGAGGAAGAGAACCACCACGGUGGUUGAAACCGCCUCCAAGAAGGAGCUGAGUACAAUGGUCGAAUAUGACGAAAAUUUGGAAACGAAGAGACACGUGGAAGAAAUCCAAACUUCAUUGCGGGAAUCAACGUUAAAUGGUCCAGUCAGGUUCUGGGACUUUAUCCUAGACAGAGACCCAGUAAAUGGCUUCAACAACACUUGCUAUAACCUCUACUCACUCACAUUUCUCGCAACUAGCGGAGAUAUUGAACUCUUUGAAGGACCGGACAAACAGAUCAUGUUACAGGCUUCCCAAGAUAAGGGUAAAAGAGGAGAAAAUGCACAGUCCGUCAUCAGUGGAUGGUCCUAUGAUCGAUGGCUAGCUCUAAUAAAAGAAUAUCCAUAAUACUACAUUACAACGUCCCUCUUCUUGAGGAAUUCAACUGCCUGUAGGGCUGCUGCGUUUGACUCAAAUGUCAGAGAUAUGCGAGCACUUUUAUUUGCGAUAUUUUGUUUGUCCUUGGCUGGUCUUUUGACACUCGACCGUGGCUUUGGCUUUAUAAUCUCACUAGGCUUCGAACUUAUGCAAAAUGACGUGGCA